CUUACACGUGCGCUGAACAUUGCUGAGUAAGCUGCAUAUGAGAUGAGAAUGCAUCUACAGAUACUUCUCCUUCUUUUCCAUGGAAUUUCAUCUGGCUUUACUCUGCUCCAUCAUCUGUUCCGCCGACCUUCUGCUAUCUCAGAUACCUAUCGACUUCUAUCCGCGGGUUUUUGUUUUGUCAACAUCAGUAUUUUUACCGAGAUGCCGGCCGAUAAAACAACCAUAGCAUCAACAAGCUGCUCAUCUAAAAAGAAGCGUCAAUACUCAACAGAAAUAAUAUCUAAAAUGAAGCUUCGGCGACGUGAGCUGUACAAACAACUAUCAUUUGAUAAAAAAGAAUCGCUUUUAUCACAACGACGAUCAAAAGAGUUUGAAUCAAAAAGUCAAUGCCUACUGCUUGAUUCCACUAAAGAAGGGUCAUCCUUCAAAGCUAAGGUUGACUUGCAUUGGAAAAGAACUCUUACAAUACGCGGGCCAUGUUCUUUUACUGAGACAGCCGAUAUAUCCUUAACUGCUGAGGCGGCUGCUGGGCCGACUGGUGGCUCUAGCAAAGGAAAGAAUCUUACUGACCACUUUUCUGUGUUUGAGCUUGGUUCAACAUUUGCUGCAACCCAUGAAGGACAUGAUACACAAAUAUUGGCUAUCCCAAACAAAGCCGAUAUAUUUUCAGUUGCUGAGGCGGCUGCUGGAUCGACUGGUGGCUCUGGCAAAGGAAAGAAUCUUACUGACCACUUUUUCGUGUUUGAACUUGGUUCAACAUGUGGUGCACCCCAUGAACGACAUGAUCCACAGGCAUUGGCUAUCCCAAACAAAGAUUCGUCUUAACUAAAUCUUAUACCAACGCCCACUACUAAUCUCUUCUCAACAGUAAUGGUAUAGUUGUUUUAACUAAUAUAAACAGGUUAUAGAUCAACAAGAAUAGGUUUGGACAUUAAACAACUGCCCAGUAGUGCAAGUAUUUUAAAAACGGUACCAAACUGCAAAUAUUAUGGUGCAAAAAAAUUUGAAUAUGAGCCGCCAACAUUUUGCUGUAGUAAUGGUUCGGUUAAGUUGACAUCACAUGAAAUGCCUACUGAAUUGUUGAAUCUCUA